CCAACACUCAAUCAACGAAAUGGCGGAAGAACAGGCUGCUCAUCAUCUACUCAAUGUUCUAGAAGAGAGAUGCUUGAAUGUCGAUCUUGACAAGGUUCUCUUGGGCUUCGAGAACGGAGAUACCAAGAACGAGGCUGCGGCAUGGGUAGACGAAUAUUUGCAUGAAGACACAUUGUUGACCAAGGAGGAACUGGAAUUGUAUCAGACACUACAGAAAAAGGGACUACUACACCAAUAUGAGACCGAUGGCGAGCCCACCCGUCCCAUCUUGGAUCACGACAUCUCCUCAGCAAUCCACUCGCUGCAAAGCUCAACAGCAGCAAUUGAAGAACAGUGCAAAGUCCUUGAGGCUCAGAAAAGUGCUUUAGUGAAAUUGAAAGCUCUCAACAAGCCAAAUAUUGAUGCCGAGCACGCGAAGAACGAGCGGAGGAGGAAAGAGGGGCAAGAGAAGGCUAGGUUAGACGUUACUGUUGACGAUGUCGUCACGACAAUCACCGACCAAUUGACAGACAUCCAACGAGAGAUUGACACGGACAAGUCUACCAUGAAGAGCUACCUAACAGAACGUUUCACCUCAGAUGAUCAAAUUCUCAGUCGCUUACCAGGAAUUGUCUCUCAGGUCCUGACUGAAGUCGAAGUUAGUGAAGACGAGAAGUCGAUUGAGCAGUGGUGCAAGGCCAUCAUUGCCUUUCGGACAGCAACAAUUAAGGCUCGAGUGGGCACCGUGUACAUGAACAGUCUGUCGAGUUACUCACCAAAGGACGUUCCGGAUGUAUCAGAAGACGAGCUUGAAGAACAAAAGACAGCGUUGCAGGCUGAGAUGGACGAAUUGCACUCGGAGAUCGCAUCGGUUGCUGAAAUGGUCGUUGAGCAUGAGCUGAGGAAGCCCCUGACUGAGAUCAAAGAGCGAGGGGAUAGAGAGAGGACGCAGGCUCGGGCAGCUUGGCUCAACUAUGUUCUGUCAACACUCAACUAUAUGGGGAAACGCCUCGACACAGUCACAACCCAAACCAAAGAUAUCGAUGAGUUCCAACAUGCAGUCACACAUAUCAACAAUGAAGCCUCGAAGCGCAUGCCAGAUAUUCAUACAGAGGCGAAGACACCCACACGUAGCAGGACAGGAUCCGGUCCGCUGCUGUCACUUACACCAGGCCCAAAAUUUAAGCCCGCGAAGUUCCUAGAGCUCCCAGUAGCGCUACAGGACGCACUCCGCCACGCAGACAUCUCAUUCAUCAAAAACAAGAUUGAAACACUGCAAGACCUCUUGGUCAAAACGCAGAAGGAGCGUGCGAAUCAAUUGCAGGACCACUAUACCUCCACCUCGACGUCUACGCAUGAGAAGCUGGCUGAGCGGUUGAGCAAAGCAGACGGCGACUUGAGGGUCAUUUUGGAUGUUUUGUACAAGCACACGUCCUUCCAGCAAGUCAAGUUGUCGAAUCCGGACUUGGAGGAGGAGUUGCAGCGGAUGGCGGUUGAACUGGAAGAAAAGGACAGCGAGCUGUUGGAAGCUGAAGGCAGUGAGUUGAGUUUGAGCGAUCCGAAGGUGAGGGCCUUUAUCGCAAAGUAUGGGAAGUAGACGGGCGUAUGUUGCGUUCAUAUGUGAUGGGGAAGAUUCAAAAUGUAUCGGAUGAUUUUGUUGUCAUGCCAUCUGGCUAUUAUGUGAUGGUAAACAUGCGGGUCUUACGUAAAGAAUCAUGUGACAUAUAC